GAAAAGGCAGCGUCGUGAAGGGAAGGUGAUCGCGCAGGCCCAGUCGACAUGGCAGAUGAGGAGAUUGCUGCUCUUGUGGUGGACAAUGGUUCUGGCAUGUGCAAGGCAGGCUUUGCAGGGGAUGAUGCCCCCCGUGCUGUGUUUCCUUCCAUCGUGGGGCGUCCACGGCAUCAGGGGGUGAUGGUGGGCAUGGGGCAGAAGGACAGCUACGUGGGGGAUGAAGCCCAGAGCAAGAGGGGCAUCCUCACUCUGAAGUACCCCAUUGAGCACGGCAUUGUCACCAACUGGGAUGACAUGGAGAAGAUUUGGCACCACACCUUCUACAAUGAGCUGCGUGUUGCCCCAGAGGAGCAUCCUGUCCUGCUCACCGAGGCCCCCUUGAACCCCAAGGCCAACCGGGAGAAGAUGACCCAGAUCAUGUUUGAGACCUUCAACACCCCAGCUAUGUAUGUAGCCAUCCAGGCCGUGCUGUCCCUCUACGCCUCUGGCCGCACCACUGGCAUCGUAAUGGACUCUGGGGAUGGUGUCACCCACACUGUGCCCAUCUACGAAGGCUAUGCCCUGCCCCAUGCUAUCCUGCGUCUGGACCUGGCUGGCCGUGACCUGACUGACUACCUCAUGAAGAUCCUCACGGAGAGGGGCUACAGCUUCACCACCACAGCUGAGAGGGAGAUCGUGCGUGACAUCAAGGAGAAGCUCUGCUACGUUGCUCUGGACUUCGAGCAGGAGAUGGCCAUGGCAGCCUCUUCUUCCUCCCUGGAGAAGAGCUAUGAGCUGCCUGAUGGGCAGGUGAUCACCAUUGGGAACGAGCGUUUCCGAUGCCCUGAGGCCAUCUUCCAGCCUUCCUUCCUGGGCAUGGAGUCCUGUGGCAUCCAUGAGACCACCUUCAACUCCAUCAUGAAGUGUGACGUCGACAUCAGGAAGGACCUGUAUGCCAACACUGUGCUCUCGGGGGGUACCACCAUGUACCCUGGCAUUGCUGACAGGAUGCAGAAGGAAAUCACAGCCCUCGCACCCAGCACCAUGAAGAUCAAGAUCAUCGCCCCGCCGGAGCGCAAGUACUCUGUCUGGAUCGGUGGCUCCAUCCUGGCCUCUCUCUCCACCUUCCAGCAGAUGUGGAUCAGCAAGCAGGAGUACGAUGAGUCCGGCCCCUCCAUCGUCCAUCGCAAGUGCUUCUAAGAGGGACUGCUGGCAGUCACCCGAGGGCCAUCCUCACCUGGACAUGCACCGGGAGGGCAGCUUGCUCCUUCCCCACUGUCCCAGCAUCACUUGACUGUUACUGAUUUGAUGUUUGAACUCCUGAUGCUUUCACUUGAUUUCAAAAGUUCUCUGGUUAGGUGUCAGGUGAAGGCUUUGUCCUUGAGAGGAGGCUUAGGAAGAACAGAUCUGUGAGGUUGUUUUUUUAAUGUCCUGUAGGGAGCUUUCCUCCUGGCUCUGUGGGGCUGGGGAGCAGACAGCCUUGUUCCACUUCUAGGUAGCACUGAUAGGAUGAUGCUUGGUGUUUAGACUUGUCACCUUUUAGGCUUGUCACAAGGUACUCCUUUGUAAGAAAACAAAUAAACU